CUCUCUCUCUUACAAUCUUACUUACUAGUCUCUCUCUCUCUCUCUCCCCCCCCCCCUCCUCUCCUUCAAUCAUGGCUGAUCCUUAUGGAUGGUACCGACAUUUCUCCACAGCCUCAUCUUCUUCCUCCAAUAAUCCGUCUUUUGUUGGGUACAAUUUCUACUCAUCAAAUUAUAACAACAUCAAUAACGUCUCUUCUUAUGUUCAUCAUCAUCAUCACCACCACUAUCAAUUAUCCUCAUCCUCAUCAACAUCACCUCCUUCUCCACCUCUCAAAGAAGCUCUUCCACUCCUCAGUUUAAGCCCAACCAGGCAUGUUGAAGAUCAGGUACAAGACUCCUCAUCCACUAGUGCCAUGGAAGUGGACAAGAACAGCAGACAAGGAAUUACUCUCUUCUCAUCUACUACAUGUGGUGAUGGUGAUGGCGAUGGCGAUGAUGAUGAUAGUGUUACUGUAGCUCUACAUUUAGGGCUUCCUAGUUAUUCUACUGCUUCAGCAGAAUUAAUCUCAAAAAUCUCAUCUGACCAUCAUCAUCAAGAGAUCUCUGAUGAUAAAGAAGAACUAGUAACAGUUGCUUCUGGUGGGUGUACUACUACUCUUCCUUAUAAUCCAAACUGUCUGAACAAAGGCCAGUAUUGGAUCCCAACUCCUGCUCAGAUUCUGAUUGGUCCAACACAGUUCUCAUGUCCACUUUGCUUCAAGACCUUCAAUAGAUACAAUAACAUGCAGAUGCAUAUGUGGGGGCAUGGAUCUCAAUACAGAAAAGGACCAGAGUCAUUGAGAGGAACACAACCAACAGCAAUGCUUAAGCUUCCAUGCUACUGCUGUGCAGCAGGUUGCAGAAACAACAUAGACCAUCCAAGGUCAAAGCCACUCAAGGACUUCAGAACUCUGCAGACCCACUACAAGAGAAAGCAUGGGAUAAAGCCAUUCAUGUGUAGAAAAUGUGGCAAGGCAUUUGCUGUGAGAGGUGAUUGGAGAACCCAUGAGAAGAAUUGUGGGAAGCUUUGGUAUUGCACUUGUGGUUCUGAUUUCAAGCACAAGAGGUCUCUCAAGGAUCACAUUAAGGCUUUUGGACAAGGCCAUGCUGCAUAUGGGAUUGACUCCUUUGAAGAGGAAGAUGAACCUGCUUCAGAUAUUGAACAGGAUAAUGACUGCUCUCAGUCUCAGUAAUUAAUUCAUGAAUAUUAAUCAUGCAUGACUCUCUCUCAAAAAACAAAAAAAGAUGCAUGACUCUCUCUCUUUCAAGAGUAGUUAAGUUAAGACACUACUAGCUAAGAGAGAAUGGUCAUGCCUAGUUAAUUUUCUUCUUCCUCUAGCUACUGAUUAAUUGUUUUAUUUACUACUCUUUUGUGUCUUCUUUUACUUUUCAUCUUUUAGAAGUUUCUUAUCACUUGGAGACUCAUUAUAAAUCAAUGUAAGAUGAAUUUCUCUC